AUGCAUGAGAUCGUGACGCUACAACUGGGUCAGCGGGCCAACUACCUCGCGACCCAUUUCUGGAAUCUCCAGGAAUCUUAUUUCACAUACAACGACCGCGAAGAGACACCGGUUGAUCACGAUGUUCAUUUUCGACCUGGAGUCGGUGCAGAUGGCUCUGAGACUUACACCCCACGGACAGUGAUCUACGAUCUGAAGGGUGGAUUCGGCACACUGCGAAAAUACAAUGCGCUGUAUGAGCUAAGCGAGGAUGUCGUGGCUGGCCUCUGGGAUGGCCAAGAGGUUGUCCAGAAGCAAGCGCCCAUUCUACAAAGCGAUUAUCAAAAAAGCUUAGAUCUGGGCACUCCUGCUCCUCGACUAACAUCGGAAACUGUGCGUUACUGGUCCGACUACAACAGAGUCUUCUACCAUCCCCGGUCUAUCGUGCAAAUGAAUGAAUAUGAGCUGAAUUCUCAAAUCAUGCCGUUCGAGGACUGGAACACGGGUGAAGAGCUUUUCAAUGAUCUCGACAAAGAACAUGAUCUCUUGGAUCGGGACGUGAGGCCUUUUGCGGAGGAAUGCGACCAACUGCGAGCGCUGCAACUGUUCUCCGGGGCAGACGAUGCCUGGGGUGGAUUUGCCGCACGGUAUAUCGACCGCCUUCGAGAUGAGUAUGGAAAGAAGAGUAUCUGGGUCUGGGCCAUUGAGGAUGGGACCAAGGUCCAGCGGCACCAACAAAUGAAGAAAGACAUCAACAAGGCGAAGUCGAUAUACUCGAUAUCGCCCCAGACAAACCUCUAUGUGCCCCUCAUGGACUUGCCACCCAGGCUCCCUAGCUAUCUGCAGGUUGACCGUCGCUCGCGCUGGCAAACUACGGCGCUGAUCAGCUCCGCGGUUGAGACGGUAACAUUGCCGUCCCGGCUCCGGCCGUAUCAUGAUUUCGAGUCAUCUCUAACUGGAGAUGAUGGGACUCACAAUAUCUAUGAGCUGCAAACCACUCUCAACCCCGGAGAGCACGGACGAAAAUUACAAACCCAAGAAGAUGGAUCUUCCAAGGCGGAAACCGAUUUUGAUAUUGACUUUACUUAUGGCGGCGAGGGCAGCAAGUCUGCGCAUCUUUUCAACCAGGUCCAGGUGAUGCGUGGAGACGACCCCGAAGACGCCAGUGAGUCAACAGAACAAGACCUUGGUCACAUUCGCAGACUCAGAUUAUUCAACUCGGAGCCGAUGCUCCAAAGCUACCGCACACCACUUCGCCUACCUAUUCUUGACAGUUUCCCCUAUGGAAUGUAUCCUAAGUCCAAGUCCGGUUCCGGAGUAAGCAUUCUCGCCGCAUUGACCGCGUCGAGCCGAACAGCCGAGAGAAUCAAGGCCAUUGAGACAAGUACCGCACGUAUGCUCUCAGUGGAUGAGCGCGAGGCGAUGCUCAAUGGACUGGGCGAGAUUAGAGAAUCCUACGAGACUGGGUGGAGCAGUGGGUCAGAGGACGAUGACGAUUAG